UGCUUCCAGCUUGGCUUGGAUGUGCAACCUUAAUAAAACUCACUGAGGUCCGGGAGAAAAUAGCAGAUCUGCAGCAGAUAGGGUAGAGGAAAGGGUCUAGAAUAUGUACACGCAGCUGACUCGGGCAGGCUCCAUGCUGAACGAUUACACAGAGAGGAAACAAUAAAUCUCAGCUACUAUGCAAUAAAUAUCUCAAGUUUUAACUAAGGAAACUAUCAUCACAGUGAAUUUUUUUUAAUUACAACAUUUUAGAACAAAUCUAACAAAUGGCUCGUUUUCAGUGACUCUUUUUCAAAGGCUUUCUUGGAAGGGGAAAAGUCAAGCAAACAAGCAGUUUUACCUGAAAUAAAGAACUAGUUUAAAGGUCAGAAGAAAGGAGCAAGUUUCUCAAGAGGCACGAAAAGUGAGUGCUGGCCGUACAAUGACAGUUUUCCUUUCCUUUGCUUUCCUCGCUGCCAUUCUGACUCACAUAGGGUGCAGCAACCAGCGCCGGAGUCCAGAAAACGGUGGGAGAAGAUAUAACCGGAUUCAGCAUGGGCAGUGUGCCUACACUUUCAUUCUUCCAGAACACGACGGGAACUGUCGUGAGAGUACGACAGACCAGUACAACACGAAUGCUCUGCAGAGAGAUGCUCCACACGUGGAACCGGAUUUCUCUUCCCAGAAGCUUCAACAUCUGGAGCAUGUGAUGGAAAAUUAUACUCAGUGGCUGCAAAAAAUUGAGAACUACAUUGUGGAAAAUAUGAAGUCAGAAAUGGCCCAAAUACAGCAGAAUGCAGUUCAGAACCACACGGCCACCAUGCUUGAGAUAGGAACCAGCCUCCUCUCUCAGACUGCAGAGCAAACCAGAAAGCUGACAGAUGUUGAGACCCAGGUACUAAAUCAAACUUCUCGUCUUGAAAUACAACUUCUGGAGAAUUCAUUAUCAACAUAUAAGCUUGAGAAGCAACUUCUUCAACAGACUAAUGAAAUCCUAAAGAUUCAUGAGAAAAACAGUUUGUUAGAACAUAAAAUUUUAGAAAUGGAGGGAAAGCACAAGGAAGAGUUGGACACCCUAAAAGAAGAGAAAGAGAAUCUUCAAGGCUUGGUUACUCGUCAAACAUAUAUAAUCCAGGAACUGGAGAAACAGUUGAACAGAGCCACCACCAACAACAGUGUCCUUCAGAAACAGCAGCUGGAGCUGAUGGACACAGUGCAUAACCUUGUCAACCUUUGCACUAAAGAAGGUGUUUUACUAAAGGGAGGAAAAAAAGAGGAAGAGAAACCAUUUAGAGACUGUGCUGAUGUAUAUCAAGCUGGUUUUAAUAAAAGUGGAAUCUACACUAUUUAUAUUAACAAUAUGCCAGAACCCAAAAAGGUCUUUUGCAAUAUGGAUCUUAAUGGGGGAGGUUGGACUGUAAUACAACAUCGUGAAGAUGGAAGUCUGGAUUUCCAAAGAGGUUGGAAAGAAUAUAAAAUGGGGUUUGGAAAUCCCUCAGGUGAAUAUUGGCUGGGGAAUGAGUUUAUUUUUGCCAUAACCAGUCAGAGGCAGUACACACUAAGAAUUGAGCUAAUGGAUUGGGAAGGAAACCGAGCCUAUUCACAAUAUGACAGAUUCCAUAUAGGAAAUGAAAAGCAGAACUACAGGUUGUAUUUAAAGGGCCACACGGGGACAGCAGGGAAGCAGAGCAGCCUCAUCUUACACGGCGCUGACUUCAGCACGAAGGAUGCUGAUAACGACAACUGUAUGUGCAAAUGUGCCCUCAUGCUCACAGGAGGCUGGUGGUUUGACGCUUGUGGCCCAUCCAAUCUGAAUGGAAUGUUCUAUACUGCCGGACAAAACCAUGGAAAACUCAAUGGAAUAAAGUGGCAUUACUUCAAAGGUCCCAGUUACUCCUUACGUUCCACCACCAUGAUGAUUAGGCCUUUGGAUUUUUGAAGGCAAAAACAUCAGAGGCAAUCAUAAAACCAACAGAAAUCUGGAGAGACUACAGAUGACUAACUGCUUGCAAACCUCUCAAGCAAACAACAUUGUCUCCCUUCCAGUAGCAAGCGGCAGUUAUGUGAAAUCAUCAACCUUCCAGACUCUGGAUUUGGGGCCUUUUGAAUUUGCUCAAGUCUAUCCUUGGAGUAUCCUUAUCUUCUGGGCAGAGGCCACGGAAAAGGCCACUGACUGUCAGGCUCUUAAAAGGGAAGAAAUGCCUCAGUUUGCUGUGCUUCAAACUACUACUGGCUCCUAUUCGGGAACUGUGGUGGCCAGAAAAUAAAAAUGGCUUUUUAAAUGUAAAACUGAAGAAGUGGAGGGAAAAAUUAAUGGAAUAUACAUGAAGAAUAGAAACAGGCAUACCAUCACCCUCUAGGAAAGAUGUUUUACACCUACAAAAUGGCGUCAUUCCUAUGCAAACCUACUAACAAUGACUUUAUACUGGUGCACAAUUUUAAUAAAAGUUCAAAGAACGGUACUGCCCUCUGAGUUGGUUAAUGGAUUUCAAAAGCCUAAUUCUUAAGUCAUAUUUACUAGUUGAGUUCAGUUAACCUCUCUUCAAAUGUAAAUUUUAUUUUGGUAAACCACAAUGAUUUAUAGUGCAGGAAGAAUAACUGUGUGUGAGAUAGAUUCACACUUUUACUCUGAGUUUUUGAUACAGUUUUGUGAAGAAAAUAGACAUAAUCAAGUAAUACAUAGGAUGUCUAAAAAAAAUUAUCCCAUCCUUGUUCCACAGUUUUCACUUAUUUUAAAAAAUGACAUAUAUAUAUAUAUAUAUAUAUAUUUAUGCCCUGAAUAAAGUUUAAAGAAUGUGAAAUAUAUCAGGCUCUUAUACAUGCAUUUAAUACGUCCUUUGAUAUUAUACAUGAAAGCAGUAUUUUAGAGUGUAUUAAGCUGAAAUAAAAUCAAAUAAACUGGAGCAGUUCAUUUUACACUAUCCUCUUGCAUAUAUGUACAUUUAAGUGUAACUACAUUUUUUAAUGUAUCUAGAUCUUUCACUUCUUUAUCCUGCUAUUUCAUGCUAAUUUAAUUUUUGCUAAUUAACUGAAACAUGUUUUCCAGAUCCACACUUUUCCAGUUUCUAUAAAAGAUAUACUUUGAAGUCUAUGACAAGUAAAAGAAUAUAAAUACCAUUGUACAUAGCAUAUUUAUAUCCAUGGUAAACUUAAUAACUGUAUCAUCCUGAAUAUGCAACAUGAUGAAAAUAAGCAUAUUUUCAAGGAAAUCUACUAAUGCUAUUUCAUGAGAUACAUUAAUGCAUACUUUUUUCCUUCAUGGUCC